AUGGAUAACAAGGAAAAUAAUUCAUCACUACAAGAAAAGCAUCUCUUGGAAAAAUCACCAAAAGAUAUGACUCAUGAAGAGUUGGUUAAAAUUGCCACUCUCUAUCAAGAGGAAAAGAGAAAAUCGGAAUCUGGAAACAAGCAAAAUAAAAAGAAAAAGAAGAAGAAGGAGCAAGUUAUAGAUUGGAGUACACAGACCUAUAGACACAUUGCUUUAAAGAUUGCCUAUCUUGGUUUUAAUUAUCAAGGAUUAUCGAAACAGCUUCACACUCCCAACACAAUUGAACAUCAUCUUUUUGAAGCUUUGAAAACUUUAAAACUUAUAGAGCACGAGGAUAAUUGUGAAUUUACUAAAUGUGGAAGAACUGAUAAGGGUGUCUCUGCACUUGGUCAAGUUGUCUCAUUCAAUUGUAGAUAUAAUCCAAAGAAGAAUGACUAUGUUAGACUCAUCAAUAGUUUACUUCCAGACGAUAUUAGAGUAUUAGCCUGGUGUCCAGUUUCCAAAGAUUUUGAUGCAAGAUUUGGAUGCCUCCAAAGAACAUACAAAUACUAUUUCAUACGACAAAAUUUAAAUAUUGAAAAGAUGAAACAAGCUGCUGCUCAUUUUGUUGGUGAGCAUGAUUUUAGAAAUUUCUGUAAAAUUAAUGAAGAGGUAACAAACUUUAGAAGAAGAAUUUUGAGUAUGGAAAUUAUCAAAUCUGAUCUAUUACAUCAGCAACAUGGAAAUGAUGAGUAUUUUGAAAUUUAUGAAAUUGUAGUUUGUGGAACAUCAUUUUUGUGGCAUCAAGUUAGAUGCAUGACAGCAAUUCUAUUCCUUAUUGGUGAAGGAAAAGAGGAACCUUCUGUCAUUCCAGAAUUAUUAGAUAUUGAAAAGUACAAGGCACGUCCAGUUUAUCAUAUUGCAUCAGAAUUUCCACUUGUUUUAUAUGAUUGUGUUUUUGAGGAUUUGAAAUGGAUUCACACCAAUGACAUGAUUUCAUCUCAAGCCGAUUUAACAAAUCAUUUCUAUGAAAUGUGGAGAAGUAGUUCAUUGAAAUCGACCAUGUACAACAUCUUUUAUCAAGCUGCAAACAAUACUCUAGUGGAUAAUAGUAAUACAUUUGGAAAAGAUCUCAAUACUAAUGUGGAUUCGAACACUGAAGAUGCAACAAGAAAAUAUACAACUGUCAAGAAAGCUGUCAAGGCUAUGAAACCAAUUCAGAGAGGUCCCAAAUAUGUCAAGUUAUUAGAAAGGCCAAGAGCCUUCUCUUUAGAGGAGUGUGUUGAAAGUUCCAAGAAGAAAAGAAAACAGUAG